CUGAAAUCACUGACUUUUACUACUUGUGUGGGCAAAGGCCAAAAGAAAAGUUGAUCGUUUGGAAAAGUAUUUCUGAUGCUUCCUUGUGUUUAUUGGAGCAAAACAGACCAGACUAGUCGACAGUUCCACCAACAAUUCAAUUCAUGGAAAAACCUUGUGUUGAUCCUUGGUUCCACGUUGUCAAUUACAUCAACUGUUCAAAACGAAGAAACCAUACAAGGCUGAUGAUGGGUUUGCAUUGCAUGCACUCCAACUGUUCAAUAAUUUGCUUCUGCAAAAACAUCUUUGCACCCAGACAAAAACCCAGCAUUUAUUCUGUCCCAUUUCCAAAUUUUGUUUCUCUAAUCUGUGUUUAUGUUUGAAAAAUGAAUACCCAUUUCUUCCCAAGCUCUUGUCUUUUCCUCAUGAUCGUAAUUUUAAGCCAAAUCCCAACAUUUUUAUGCGCCGAUAGCAAUGAAUACGCAAACUGCACUCAGAGGUUUCAAUGUGCAAACUUUCCAAACAUCGAUUAUCCUUUCUGGGGAGGGAACAGGCCAGACUACUGUGGCCACCCGAAUUUCAGGCUAGAUUGUCAAGAUGAUGCCCCACGGAUCACAAUCCAGAGUGCAUAUCGAGUCCUUGCAAUUGAUACCACAACAAGGACUCUGACAGUUGUUAGAGAGGAAUUCUGGAACAAUACUUGCCCGACGCAUUUCCAAAACACCACCUUGGAUACCGCCCAUUUCACCUAUUUAUCUGAUUCCCAAAACCUCACGCUUUACUAUGGCUGCCAGAGAAUUUUGGCUAGUCAAACAGCUAUUCCUGGUCAGCUCAAUUGCAGCACAGAUGGCACGAACAACACAGUAAGUUUUGCGACAACCAGUGUCACAUCUUCCACGAACAUCAACAUUUCAACAUGCCAGAGGAAUGUCAUUGUUCCAGUUAAUCAAACAGAAGCUGUGGCUUUUGCAAGCAAUGCAAUAAAUGUAAGACAAGUUAUUGGCAGUGGUGUUGGGUUGAAGUGGGAUGCAGAUAAUAGUCUGUGUGACCUAUGUGUUGAAUCGGGUGGAACAUGUGGGUCCAACUCGAGUAGUUCUGGUUCAUUUCUUUGCUAUUGCCGAGAUCAAUCUCAUAAAACUCGCUGCAACGGAUCAACCUCCCGUUUUCAUUUGGGAAGCAAAUUAAGAUUAAGAUUAACCAUAGCAUUCUCAGUCAUUAUGGCUAUAACAUGCUUAAUCACAACAAUCUUCUGCCUUAAAAGACGGUUCACAUCAUUGGCUAAUGCGGUGGCAUUCUGGAAGAAGGAAAGUGCAGAUGAUCAAAAUGUCGAAGCAUCUAAAUAG